UCAACCCACAUCAUGUGAUCAGAGUAACUUCGUUUUUCUGCUUUUCUGCUUUAAUUCAAUUUUUAAGCAGCAGGAUGAACACAGCAUGUGACAGGGUCUAAAAGGGGCAUUGUGUACAGAACCCACCCCACUGGCCAUUUGAUCUAGGAAGCACGGAUCAGGAGCCAUGGCAUCCCACCAUGAACAAGGGGAUUCUGGCCUUCUCCGUGGCUCUCGGACACGGUCUUACGGUAGCCUGUCCCAAUCCUCGUACUCACCGGCCAGGAUCAGAAAGAUAGAGCAUCGAGUUCAGCCCGGGGAUACCCUGCAAGGCUUGGCGCUGAAAUAUGGUGUCACCAUGGAGCAAAUCAAGAGAGCCAACAGGUUAUACACCAAUGACUCCAUAUUCCUGAAGAAAUAUCUGAGCAUCCCAGUGCUGGCCGAACAGCCUGAUCUGUCCAACGGGCUGGAGUCUCACGAAAAAUCUGGAGAAGAAGGGAUACAGGUCAAGAACCCAUCUGCAAGGAAAGAUAGAAAAGACAAGAACAAACCCCACAGGACUGGGGCCAAGAGUGGCAACAAGGAGGAGCUGUCGGCUAGUGACUUCAUGAGCAGACUAGACACCAGUAUCCGCGUGUCCAAGAGAGCAGCGGCAAAGAAGCUUCGGGAGGCAGAAACCCUGGUCCCAAAAGACGACAGCAUGACUGCUGGAGCCACUGUCAAUCAGAGACCACACACUGGCUCCAGAGAAGCAUCGCCGCAAACUCAGCAGCGUUCCUUACUCGGACCUGUUCCGUUGACCGUAACCACGCGAGCCUCCGCUAUCAAGGACCACGAGGAUGAGAUCUUUAAACUCUGAUCUUUCAUUUCCAUAUUGACUUUUUU